AUGACAUUGAGGUAUCGCAGUUCUGACAAUCGGGAACGAUACAGCGAGCGGGCACAGCCUGCGAGCAACCGCGGUACCACAGGAGGGCGCUACCAACAGACUCGUCCCCAAGUACACACUCCGUCGGGUGGUCGCCAAAGACGGGAUCGUCCACAGAGCGCUUCCGCCGCGUCAUAUACGCCCCAGCGACCCCGCUAUCAGUCACAGGAGACCUCGUCCAGGGGGAGGUCGGAUCACAAACCUGGAUCAGACUGGGGCCAAACCGGAGCAGCAAGCCGAGACACGCCGAGAAAGGACGGCGGAAAUCCUGGGAAGCGUAACGACUUCUCAUCCCGAGCCUUCAAAUCAGACCAGGAGAAGCAAGGCACUCGGCCAAAAAGCGAAAGCCGACCCGACAGGAGUGCAGCGGAGAGCGACACAGCAGCGGCUGAUGGCGAAGGCGAAAAAUGUUCCAGCGGGUUUGUCUCAUCGUCAGAGAAGGGCCAACCCAUCAGGCAAAAACCUAAAAAGGCGCCCGCUUUUGUCAUCCAAAAGCAAAAGACAAUGACUAAGAAGCAGUUGAUAGCGCAGCAGAGCAGACGACAGAAAGAAGCCAACGAAAUCGGCAAGGAACUGCGCGCUAAGGCCGAAGCCAACUUGAAGCUGAGAGAAGAACUGAAGACCAAGACUAAGUAGCAAAAGAAAACGCUGUUGCCUAUAAGUUCCCUCCACACAUUGGUGGGCAGUGGGCGAAGACGAUUCUUUUUGUGUCCAGUUUCAAGCAAAAUCAAGACAACCCUAACCUUGUUACAGCCGGAGACAUGGAAGGCCCCCCCCCUUCGAAGUAUCGCAUUCGACUUUUUUUUCACAAUAAAACAACGCCCCUUGAACGAAGAUUGGAACCGCCAGCUUAGGGCUAGAUAACUGGUGGCGCAGCGGAACGGCAAUCCGAAGGUUGCAGGUUUGAAACCCCCUUAGUCAAUUCCUUUAUUCUACUUUAAAAUGAAAAUACCUUUUGCUGUUGGUGAGGAAAACUAGUACCGGUUUUAUUACAUUGCGAAAACUCUUUUUAAUUUUGUAUAACCUUUCCAAAUGAUCAGCUUUAUUAAAGCAGCGCUUCUAGAAAAAAAUGAUUUUCUUUUACGCUGUACUUACAUUAAAUUUUUGUUAAUGCUACGAGCUGUCGAAGUUUGUUUUGAAUCGAGCCUGCCAUAUUUAUAUGCUUUAUUUGUUUUAGUAAAUUGCAAUGCAGAAAAAAAACGUCAGGGCAGCAGUGGCAUUGCUACCGGGGAGGGGAGGAGGGCACGGGACAAGUGCCGCCAGCGGAUGUCCAUGCCCCCGGAUGCCCCCCUCCUCCAACUGGAAUCUUGAAUUUAACAAAAAAUAUGUAUUACUUGCUUUCAAGUAUUCCCUCGAAAAAAAUCGCACCCCCAGGUUCCCCUCAGACUUUUAACCUCGUAGUUAAUUAUGCCACUUAAGGGCACUAAGAAAAGUUCCUCGAUUGCUUAUACCAAAUCAAUCUUUGCAACAGUCUUUAGUUGUCACGUACUUGGUUGUGUUUUAAUGUAAACUUAAUUUUUAUUGUAAAUUUAACAAUUUAUCCAUUCAUUUCUGGCGCUUGCGUUAUUGAUGAUGUAUAAAAUAAAUGUGAACAAGAAAAUCAUAAUAAUAUAUAAUAAUAGGAAAACUCCAAAAGGUCCAUUUGAUACUAUGCCUCAAUAUAUAAGUCUAUACUUGUCGACUUGAUUAAUAUCUUAAGGAUGAAUAUUUAUUUUCUGUGAGGUUGAAGAGGAACCAUUAGCCACCCGCUUACAACUCGCUAUUGGUUUGACUUUAGUUUUUAGAUACCUCAUAUGCGUUGAAGUAUUAAACUGGUAUGAAACAGCUUCGUAUAGUUGAGCUUAUACACCAUAUUACAACACUAAAAUCGCAAGUUAUUGGUAAUGAUAUAAGUAUAGGUUUUAAUGCUAUGCAGAACACAUCAGGAAUUCCCAUUGUCAUUUGUAUUAACUCGGUAAACUGUAGCACUCCUGCGUUAUACAUUUCACUGUAUACGAUUUAAGCCGGUUGGUAUAGAUAUACGUGUAGCUUAUAAAGUGUUAUCCCUGUCCUGUUGAAGAGCUAGAUGUCUUAUCAGUCAUAACUUUGAGGCUCACCAUUGUAUUGUAUCGCUCUGCAUAUUUAUUUACGACAUAUGUUAUUAUCCAAUGCCUGAUAAAUCCCCGUCAUCUGAUUGGUGGGACCUUGAUCACAUGUCAUUGAAUAAAUCGUACCAACCCACGACCCGGUCGCACUGCAAAAAUAGAAGUUCUAUUCCACGAUAAAAAAAAGUUCCAUUUGCACGCUCACACUAUUGGUUGCGGCUCUGACCAAUCAGGUGACGAAAUCUAUUUAAGUGUUGUAUAAAACAAAUAAUGUUUCACAUUCGUGCAAUGGAAAGAAUAAUUUCAUUCGGUGACAGGUGGAAUGUUCCAUUACACUCUGCUUAGCCUCGUGGUGUGGAACAUCCAUCUGUCACCUCAUGACAUUAUUCUUACCAGUGCACUCAUAAACAUUCAUUAUUUGUAUAUUGGUAAAUUAUAUCACGUACAUGCCUAUACGUAAAAGAUAAUACGAAAGUUAUAUUUUGUUAUGUUAUGGGCUGCUGGUGUAAAUAAACUUUUGGGUAAAUCGAAAAAAAAUAUUAAAGAGUCAUUUGAAUGUGAUUUUGAGGUCAGCGAGCUUGUAAUUACCGGAAUAGUUUCUUGUAUUUGAACAUCAAUAAACAGCAGCUCACUAAGAGGA